AUGCGUUUCUCCAGCGUCCUCGUCUCCGCCCUUGCUGCAGUCGCUACCGCUUCCCCCAACUCUCUCGCCCGCCGCGAAGAGCAGGCUGUCACCGAGGCCAUCAUCUUCGCAGUCCAGGCAUCGGACUGUGAUCUGUUCAAGUGCGCCGCCGUCGUUGCAUCUGCCGCCUGUAUCGGUGCUUCCAUCGCUCUUGGCCCAGCUGGUAUCCCCAGUUUGCUAGGCUGCACGGCUGGAGGAGCAAGUGCCCUCUGCCCCUGCGGCAACUGUAUCAGUGCCCUUGGCGACUUCUUGAAGAACAACAGUGUCUGCCCUAAAUAG